AUGGCAUCACUUUCACUUGUUCUUAGAUACGUCGUCUUUUUGAGUUUCUUCAUACUCCAAAAGCCCAAAGAAACAUUUUCUUCACGACUACAGAGAUCCCACGCUAAAGUAGCUCAGAUUGGAGCCGACGAUUAUCCAUCUUCUGGUCGUAAUACACCGGUCCACGACCUUGGAUUCCCUGACUUCCCUUCUUUCCAAGAAGCAGUGGCGCCACCACCGCCUCCGCCUGAUCUUCCUCUCCUAGCGCCGCCUCUGCCUGAUGUGCCUCUCCUUCCACCGCCGGCAUUUCCUGAUUUUGAGAAACCUAGGUUACCGGUUCCGGUUUGGCCUUCACUCCCCGAGUACCCGCCCUUUCCAUUUGUAGAUCAGUCUGCUCCUUACCAAGGCUUCGCUCCGAGAUUUGAUGAGUCCGCUAAUUGGAUGCCUUCUACCCCAAGCAUCCCUCAAGUGUUUCCGUGUUUGCGAUUCAAAUCCAAUCUUCUCCGAGUCGAAUUCUGGGUUUCGUCGGGAACCGCCGUAAAAGGCAAGGACAGGUUCUGCAACAGACCAAGUAAGUUAGAUCCGAACCCUGUUGAUCUAAAGACGGUUAGAUUGCCUUCCAAGUUUAGGUUGAAGAAACUCCUUUGUCGAGUCGAAUCAUCUGAGGUUUGCUUUGGAGAUGGUAAUGAGAAAGACACAAACCCAAGUGAGAUAGAUUUAGAUUCGCUCCCUUUUGAUCUAAAGAUGGUUAUACUUACUAGAUUGUCUGCCAAGUCUCUUACGAAUUUCAAACGCGUCUCUAAAAUGUGGUCUUCCAUCAUCGGAAGCCAAAGAUUCAUCGAUUCCUUCUUCACUAUGUCCUCGAAGCAAUCACGAUGUCCUAAGUUUCCUGUUAACACUCGAUUCGUGGGAUACGAUCCGAUUGAUGAUCAACAAAAAGCAUUGUCUGUAUCUGUGCCGUCGAGAAAGAGAAAUCUAGAGCACAAGGUCUUAACACUAGGGGGAGGUGGUCAAGGAUGGAGACACAUUGAAGUUACCAAUGCGCCUUUUAGCCCGGUAACUGUGGGAGUAAGCAUCGAUGGUUUUGUCUACUAUGGUGCUUAUAGCCCAACCCCACCUAUGAAUCCAGUUUUGGUGUGUUUUGAUGUUAGGUCUGAGAAGAUAAGUUUUAUCAAAGCUCCUAAUGAUGUUUUACAAUGGGGUUUUGAUUUAUGGAUUCUAGAAGACGUUGAGAGACAUGAAUGGUCAAAGCAAACAUGUGUGUUUCCCUCCUCUGUCGCGUGGGAUUAUGUUGGGGAUAUCCAAAUGUCUUUUCCAGGCACCAACAAGGCUGGAAUUGGAGACGAUGAAGAAUUUAGGCGCUGUUCCGGAUUCGUAGACGAGGGUGAAUGUCAUGUCCGCAUCGCACCUCAACAUGUAGAGAGUAUUGCCCGUUUUAAGGAUCCUAUCAUGUCAAGGAUCCUAAUGUAA